AAAGGAGUGGGAAAAAAUGUUACAUGCUAGCUCCCAGGAGCCUCGCAAUUCCAUGGGGUGAUACCCCUUAUUAUUGGAGGUGGAUCCCCACACCCGAUUCCAGGUUUCCUGAGGUUGCGAAGCUUCUUGAUGCCUGUUGGUUCGAAAUCACUGGAAGGAUUAAUAGUUGCAAUCUUUCCCCGAUGACACGUUAUAAUGCUUUCCUAGUGUUCAAACUGGCAGCCUAUGCUAAAGGAUUUGAGAAUAAACCCAUAGAUGCUACUGUUCGACUUGGUGCAACUCAAGUUUCAAAGCGAAUUGUUUAUGUUCAUGUAGAUGGUGGACAUGUAACACAAUAUGGUGAGCGGUACCCAAAAGAGAGAGGAGAUGGUUUGAGAGCCUGUUGGGUUCCUUCAAACCAGCACGUCGGGGUUCGAUGGAACCCAGGCAUAGGUUCCAUCGAACCCAGGUGUUGGGUUUCUCUUGCCCUUAGAACCCAGUGCUUUCUAGGCUCCUUCGAAUCCAACCGUGGUUCUUUGGAACCCAGGCAUAGCGCCUGGGUUCGAUGGAACCCAGGUGUUGGGUUCGAUGGAACCCAAGUGCAGGUUCUGUCAAACCCAAGCGCUGGGUUCCUUGGAAUGUAGCACGUUUGGGCUCUCUCUUUCGAUAAAUUCGUCAUCGAUUUCCUGUUCAGGUAAGCUCUCUCGAUCGUUUAGUUUCGAGGCUUUGUCUUCCGAUUUGAGAUUACAAUGGAUUGAUUUAUGUUUGGCUAAUUUGAGGAUUCUGUUGCUCGUUUUGAUGUCUUUGUGCUAUGGAAAGUGAGAUUUGUGCGUACAUUGACGAUCUCUAUCGUCGAUUUUGCAAUUUUAGUUCGUUUUGGCUUUAGUUGGUUUUAGUGAUUGCUUUAUUUGGUUUCCUAAUCUGGUUUUUUGGUCUCUGGAUCUGUGUUUUAUGAUUCUACUAUUGGUUAGCUGGAUCUACUUUAUUAUGUCUGGAUUUUGAUAGUACUGUUCUUUCGAACCAAGGUGCUGGGUUCGAUGGAACCCAGGCACGAGGUUUCUUCAAACCCAAGUGCUGGGUUUGACGAACCCAAGUGCUGGGUUUGACGAACCCAGUACACCUGUGUUCUUUCAAACCCAAGGGCAAAAAAUAAAAAAAAAAAAUAUUCUUUUCUUUUUUUGUGGGUUUUGUUGUUUGAUGACAAUGAAGAAUUGAUUGAUGA